AUGAUGCGGGGUCGGAUUGAUGUUAAGAAGCUCAAGUUCUCAACAACCGAGCUCAGAUCGCUAGCGCUGCAGACGCACUUUUCUGUUGAGGAAGUCCAGGCUCUCUACAGCGGCGAGCGAAAGCCUCUCGAAGGAGGGUUAAGUGCCGUUAGCCUCCUAGGACUGUUCAACCUCUCCAACGCCUGCAGUUUUGUCUUUGCCGAUAGAUUUGUUCGCCUCUUCUGGCAACACAGGACGCAGGACAGGGGCAUCGAGAUAGGUUUUGAAGAAUUCGUCCGCUUACUGAGUAUCUGGACGCGCGGUACACCUCAUCAGCGCCUAACGCGUAAGCGCAUCGCACUUUUCGAAGCCAACAGCCUUCGAAAGCUAAUUUUUUGUUGGAUGGAGCGCCGCAUCGUUUAUUGGUACAUCGUUAAAGAAGACAUUGUCGAUAUUAUGCGCUCGCUGUUCAUGUGCUUUCUCAAAUCCGGUGUUGCAUCGUAUGACUGGAAUUCUGAAGAAUUCAAAGCAAAAAUGGCUCAAGAAAUUCUCUCUGAGUGGGCAGAUGCAGCAAUAAGACGCUUUCACACGGCGGAUUCGAACAAGUUACUUUGGUUCAGCGAAUUCCUCCAGUGGAUUAUUCACGUCCCAGGAGUUGCUGAAAGUCUCUGCGUCCCCACAGAUGUCUGGACUUGGCUAUUUCAAGAAUAA